AUGGAGAGUGAAAAUUAUUAUAAAAAAAAAAGUAUGUUUGAAAAUGGAGUAUCUAAGAAGAAAAGAAUAAAUAAAAAAUCAGUAUUCUUUAGUAUGGCCUAUUUGAUGAUAACUUUUAUAAUAUGUUUUAUAGGAGGAAUAAUACUUGGAAUUUUAACGACUUCUUACACCCCCGAAAUAAACAUUAUGGAAAAUAAUGAAAAUAUAUUUAAGUUUAUAUUAAAAGAUGAUAAAGUAAUUAUAGGAGGAAAAUUAAAUAUAAAUUUAAGCAUUAAAAAUAAUACUUUACUAUCUUACACACUUCAUGCAAAAAAUGUAAAAUAUUUUUACUAUCCAGUGGGAGCAAAUCCUACAUGUUUUUUGUACAACGGAGGAGUCGAAGACCCAUCCUCUAACCAGCUUCCUUUACAACAUAAAAGUGAAAUAGCUAUUCCAUUAAAUCAAAAUGAGAAUGAAUUUACCACUGAAUUUUUUUUGAAGAUAAAGUAUAGGCUAUUAAAAUCGUUUACAUAUAAUUACACAAUUCCACUGCAUUUAGGAUAUAUAAUAUCGGAUUCUCACAAAAGGGAAAUUCAGUCAUUAUAUAAUGAUUGUAAAAGAUAUAAUAUAUUAUAUUUCUCAGUAUUAUUUGAUGAAUUAUAUAUAUCAAACAAAAUAAAAACGAUAAAUAAUGAUAAAAGAUAUGAAUUAAUUUUUUCGUGUAAAUGCUUUGUGGAUAGUAAUGUAGACAAUUUUUUUAAUUCAUCUCCUUUAAAUAAAAAUAUUAUUUUGCAAAAUUUAAAUAAUAAUCCAAAUUUGUUAGAUUGA